AUGAUAUCAGGAAAGGAAUAUUCAGAGCGAAACAACAAAAAAUGUAUAGCUUCCUACUCAGCGGCAACCACCGCGCAGGCCGGACUUCACUCGCUGGCAACUCGCUCCGCUUCCUCCGCAGCCAUGUCUGCCAAACCUGAUAUGGCUGAGAUAGAGAAAUUCGAUAAGUCGAAAUUGAAGAAAACAGAAAUGCAAGAGAAAAAUCCACUGCCUUCAGAAGAAACGAUUGAACAGGAGAAGCAAGCAGGAGAGUCGUAAUGAGGCGUGUGCCACCCGUAUGUACUGUACAUUCCACAAG